UUUCGUUCGUAACGGUCGUAUUUUUCUUUGGUCUCUGAUAUGUUGAGCGGUGUGAUAUUGCAACAGUUGUGUGCGGUUAGUGCGGCGUUUAUGUUUUUAUGAUUUUCUCUCUUCCCAAACGCACACGUUCAUCUGCAAGGAAGGUGUAUUCGUUCUGGUCAGAGCAAGGCUUGUUAAAUUUUGGGCAGUGUUUUGAUGGUGUGGCUUAAAUUUUUAAACUACCUCCUGUAUCCAGCCUCGUGUGUAAGUGGCCAUCAGUUGCAACAGGAGUCGUGGUGAAAAAGUGCGUGUGUGGCUGAACCAAAGUGGCUCAUUUCUAGUAUUGUUUGGUACUCCCUGUGAUCACUCUAACGAUCGAUUGUGUUAAUGGGCAAAUGUGCACUGUGAACCUUUAACGUCGAUGCCAGAGUCUGGUACCUCGAGGUAAAGAAGUUGGAUUAAUUAAAGUACAACAUACUUUCGAAGGGAGGUUCCCGUACGGGCUUGGCAAAGCGUGGAUUACUUGGCUGCUUGAACCAGACAGCACACCAAUACAGGCAGAUUGCCGUUCAAAAUAGGCCCCGCAACAGCAUGACCCGUCGGCACCAUCCGACCUGGUCGGGUGUGCUUUCACAUCUGCUGCUGUACACCAGCUGUUGUAGUUCGCUGGUCGCGUGGGCCCAACAAACGAUUCCGAACGAUGCUUCGAGAUACAGUCCGCUGGAUCCGUUCAACCGACGCUAUAAUCCUACCUCAAGCAGCAACCAGCAACAACCUCAAGGUGGUUCCCCACAAUUCACCUCACAAUACACCCCACAGUCGAGUAAUCCCGACCUUCGGAAUACCAACUACAAUCGAGACUUCUACGGUACCGGUAAUGUAGACACAAACAAUAUCGACAACCGGUUCGAUCAGAAUCGGGAUCGGAAUCGAGAUGUUCUCUUCCAGAGCAGCACCCCGCGGGAUUACAGUGGAAAUCGGUUCACAAGUACAUUGCGACCACGCGUUAACUACAAUCAAGGAGUCAGCAGGAAUACUUUUCAAGAUUUAGUUAAUAAUGCAUUGGCCAAAGAGAUUACUUACUUCGUGGUGGCUUCCCGAAUGGUUCGACCUGGCCAAAUCUAUAAAGUUUCGGUAACGCUACUGGAAACGCAACACCCGUUGGCGGUUCGGGCCAGUAUCUCCCGGGAUGGUGUUGAGUUGAGCAGCGAACAGAAAUCAGUACGCGUUGGUACUCCGGAAGAGCUGCUGAUGAGAGUGCCUCCCACUAGCGUAAGAGGCGAUUACAAACUGAGAGUAGAAGGAUCGUACGAGAAUACUUUCGGCGGAUAUGUGUUCGUAAAUGAAACGAAAUUGACAUUUUCACAGAGAUCGAUGACAAUCUUCGUACAGAUGGAUAAACCCGUUUACAUGCAGGGAGAAAUGAUUCGAUUCCGCACGAUUCCGAUCACUACCGAGCUGAAGGGUUUCGAUAAUGCAGUUGAUGUGUACAUGCUGGACCCGAACAAGCACAUUAUGCGAAGAUGGCUGACCCGACAGUCUAACCUUGGUUCCGUGAGUUUGGAGUAUAAACUAUCUGAUCAGCCGAUGUACGGCGAGUGGACGAUUCAAGUCACCGCUCAAGGUCAGGUUGAGGAGGCAACGUUUACAGUGGAAGAGUACUAUCAAACCAGGUUUGAAGUGAAUGUAACGAUGCCGGCGUUCUUCUUCCAAACGGACCCGUAUAUCUAUGGAAAGAUUAUGGCAAAUUUCACAAAUGGAACUCCAGUUAAAGGAAAUCUUACACUGAAAGCUACCAUUCGUCCGAUCGGUUGGAUGAAUCCCAUGGCUAUCAAUCACGUGAGUCGAGUUUGGAAUACAGGAAAUCGACGAGAAUUGGACCCGGAUGUUCCUUACUACCUGCUGAACAGUGAUCCGAAUCUGUACAAUGCACACAGCACUUACACCAGUCAGUUAGGUCCCGAUAUCCAAGGUAACGAUCAACGAUAUCAACAGACUGGUGGAUUGCAAGAUUCGUACAUCUAUGAGCGACACUAUAACUUUGACGAAGAGUGGCCAUUUUGGGUGAAGAAACCUAUAGAUACGGCCGCACAGUGGGACUCUUGGACCAAUACCUACCGAGAAAGUUUGCCGUACCUGCGUUACUUCAAUGGCACCUAUCACUUUCGGUAUCCUAUGUCUGAACUUGCCAAUUUGUUCACAAGUAACAUGGCAGGAAUGGAAGUUCUAAUCACGGCACGCGUCGGGGAACGGUUUUACGAUGAAAUCAUCGAAGGAUAUGCUAUGGCACGCAUUUAUAACUCGUCGAUCCGAAUCGCAUUCCUCGGAGAUUCGCCGCAGGUUUUCAAACCAUCAAUGCCAUUUACACUGUACCUAAUUGCAGAAUACCAUGACGGUUCGGCACUUCCAAUCAAUCCGUUCUAUCCGGGCCGUAUGGAAGUUUCCGGUUCUAUCGACAGCCGUAGUGGAGGAGGGCGCAAUUCCUUCGAUAUCCGCGAACUUCAAAUGUCGGAUAAACCCGGAGUCUGGGAGUUGAAAAUCGAUCUGCGAAAUGAUCUCAACUUGGAAAAUAACAAACAAACCAAUGAUUUUUUAAACGAAAUACAAUCGAUGCGUCUGUCUGCACUGUAUACAAGUGCAACAGGAGAACGCGCUUCGACGGAACUUCUGCUGUUGUCUCACUACUCUCCCAAUAAUCACAAUAUCAAAGUUUCAACCAGCACUGUGGAUGCCAAAGUGGGCGAAUAUAUCAUCUUCCACGUGCAAAGCAACUUCUUUAUCAAAGAUUUUCACUAUAUCGUCAUGUCUAAGGGAAUAGUGCUAAUUACAGGACAGGAAAUUUUGUCCGGAGGUGUUCGAACGAUGUCUAUUACGUUGAGUGCGGAAAUGGCCCCUGUUGCUACCAUCGUAGUAUGGCACAUUGGUAGAUACGGGAAGGUAAUCGCAGACAGUCUAACCUUCCCGGUGAACGGUAUUUCGAGAAACAACUUCACGGUGCUGAUCAAUAAUCGGAAGGCACGUACGGGCGAGAAGGUGGAGGUUGCAAUCUAUGGAGAAGCCGGCUCGUACGUUGGUUUGUCCGGUAUUGACAAAGCGUUCUACUCGAUGCAGGCCGGUAAUGAAUUGACUUACGCAAAUGUGAUAACAAAAAUGGCCACGUAUGAUGAACAAACAAACGGAACACUGAAAAAGACAUGGAUUUCUCACGAAGGAGAUCCGGAUGAGUUGGUGUAUUACCCUAGCUCUACGUUUGGAAUCGAUGCCAAUAGAACAUUUGAGUAUUCCGGAUUGGUGGUGUUUACGGAUGGAGUUAUUCCGAUGCGACCACUCACAUGUGAUCCAGCCUUGAACUACAGCGAGUGCUUGAACGGGCGAUGCUACCGAAUGGACAAGAGAUGUGAUGGAUACUUGGAUUGCGAGGAUGGCACAGACGAAGCUGGUUGUGACAGAAGUAAUAGUACAGCUCUUACAGAAUUCCGAAAGUAUCGGUUUAACAGAAUUCUUCGACACUACGAAAAUGUGUGGCUAUGGAAGGACAUUAACAUCGGUCCUCACGGAAGGUACAUAUUCAAUCUGGAAGUUCCGAAGGUACCGGCACUUUGGAUGGUGUCUGCGUUCGGUGUUAGCGCAACAAGUGGAUUUGGCAUGAUUAGAAAACCUAUCGAGUACGUCGGAAUUCAGCCAUUCUUCAUCAACAUCGAAAUGCCGACAGUCUGUCGUCAAGGGGAACAAGUCGGUAUUCGUGUUGCCGUGUUCAACUAUCAAACAGUGGAUAUCGAAGCAACGGUGGUUCUUCACAGUUCGCCUGACUACAAAUUCGUACACGUCGGAGAAGAUGGAAUUGUUCGUUCCUACAAUCCACAAACAUCGUUCGGAGAACAUCAGUUCUACAUCUAUCUGCUGGCUCAAGACUCCACUAACGUGUAUCUACCGAUUGUACCCACCCGUCUGGGUGAAAUUGAAGUAACCAUUCAUGCUUCAACACUGCUUGGAGCCUACCAACUGAGCCGUAAAAUCCGAGUAGAAGCAGAUGGUCUCCCACAGUAUCGUCACCAGUCUACGUUGCUAGAUCUCAGUAACCGUGCUUACUUCUUCCAAUACAUGCACGUGAAUGUCACAGAAACUCCGAUUAUUCCGUACGAAAUUGAUCGUUACUAUGUAUUCGGUUCCAACAAGGCUCGCAUUUCCAUAGUUGGCGAUGUAGUCGGAGCUAUCUUCCCAACAAUGCCCGUGAACGCAACUUCAUUGCUAGCUCUCCCAGUGGAUUCAGCCGAACAGAAUAUGUUCAGUUUUGCGGCUAAUUUUUACACCAUUCAAUACAUGCGUGCUAUCAAACAGCGAAACAAGCGUACGGAGAAACAGGCGUUCCAUUAUAUGAACAUCGGCUAUCAAAAACAAUUGAGUUACCUUACGCCGGAAGGAUCGUUUUCUCUAUUCCGCGCCGACUGGAACCAAUCGGCAUCUUCGGUGUGGCUGACGGCUUACUGUGCCCGUAUCUUUGCGGAAGCAUCGUUCUACGAAUACGAAAACUUUAUCUACAUUGAUCCGGUGGUCGUGCAGAAAAAUAUUUACUAUUUGCUAAGACACCAGACGGAGGAGGGCUCGUUCUGGGAGGUCACCUGGUUACCGGAUCGGAAGGUAAAUCGGUCCUCGGAAAAUCCUCAAAAUGAGAUCAUUCGUACGAAAAACAUAACACUGACGGCACAAGUUUUAAUAACACUUUCAUCGGUGAAAGAUUUAGCUGGGAUACUUGGCUCAAGGGUGUCACUAGCGGAGCAGAAAGCAUCAAGGUACAUAGAGCGGAAUCUGGGUCUGAUUAAAGAAUAUGCGUCACCAUACGAAAUCUCAAUUGUUAGUUAUGCCCUUGCCAAGGCAAAGGCACCCCAAGCGGAGCACGCGUUCAAAAUUUUAGCUAGUCGGAUGAGAACAAUUGCCGACCUUGCCUAUUGGGGUAAUGACGAGGUGCCGCAGCCACCGAGUAAACUGGAAAAUCAGAAGUACUUCAACCUACCGCGAUUGCCUUAUAAGUACGAUUCCAUCAACAUUGAAACGACGGCGUACGCGCUACUGACCUACGUAUCACGUCAGGAAACAUUUACCGUUGAGCCGAUCGUACGUUGGCUGAACUCCCAGCGUCUAACCGAUGGUGGUUGGGCUUCCAGUCAGGACACCGGCAUCGCCAUGAAGGCUCUUGGCGAAUACAGUACCAGAAAUCGUAUUGCCGAUGUAACCACACUUUCCUUGACCGUGGAAGCCACCUCACUGCCUGGACAGUCAAAGAUUUUGCAUAUCGGAAGAAAUAAUCUUGCCGCGAUUCAGAGUAUCGAUAUACCGAAUGCAUGGGGUACCGUGAAGGUGCAAGCUAGAGGUGUUGGCUACGCAAUUCUGCAGAUGCAUGUAGAAUACUCGGUAGAUUCGACGAAGUUCCAAACCAGUCCACCAGUUACAGCUUUCGAUCUGACUACACGAACCAUCUUCCACGGCAGAAAUCAGUCGCAUAUCAGCUACGUGAUUUGUCAAAGAUGGACCAACACACAAGAAUCGAUUCGAUCCGGUAUGGCUGUUCUGGACGUUGCCGUUCCCACUGGAUACAUGAUUCAACAACAGAAACUAGAUCGAUAUAUUCUAAGCAAACGAGUGCGGAAUCUGCAACGAGCUCGGUAUCAAGAACGCAAAGUCUUGUUCUACUUUGAUUACUUGGAUGACGAAUAUGUGUGCGUAAACUUUACCCUCGAACGCUGGAUGCCCGUUGCCAACAUGUCCCGUUACCUGCCGAUACGAGUGUACGAUUACCAUGCCCCUGAACGCUUCAACGAAACUUUGUUCGACUCCUUGCAAACCUAUCUGUUGAACAUCUGCGAAGUAUGCGGUAGCUCUCAGUGUCCGUACUGUUCGAUCUACAACACUGCCAUUCGGAAUCCGGUGUCGGUGUUGUUACUACUGGUCACCAGCAUACUGAUUGUGGCCCGUCACUAUCGAAUAGUCAAUCCCAGCAGUUGGAUUUUUUGGAAUGAUUAGGAAGUAGAAUCGAUCGACUGCUUUAUCAAAGACAAGAUAAAAUCUGCCACACGAGAACAGCUCUUUUAAUUGUUUAAGCCAGACGUGUAAAUAACUCGAAUUCGCUAACACACGAAUUUCUGCUAGGAAACUGCAUGCGAACAGAAUGUGCGAUUUUUUGUUUGUUUGUUCUAAGACUCGUGAAAUGUUUUUAUAGUAUUGUAGAUUCGCAUUCAUAUCGCACUGUUCUUGCAUGAUUCCAUCCAAGGCAUUUGUUUUGUACAAUUAUCUGUUCAUUAUUUAAAGCAAUCUGUACAAGCCGAUGGAAUAGUAUUUAGUUUACAUUUCUUUUCUUCAACAAAAAAAGAAUCUCAAUCUGUAGAAAAAUGCGACAUUUUGCAAGUGUUAGUCUCAUUAAGUGCUAGCAAAGUUACGCAAAAUUUAACAGAAGGAAGUCUAAGCAGUAAUAGUUAUUGUUUUAUCUUUUAUAAUCUUUUCGUAGUGCGAAUUUUAUUCGUUUCUUAGGUUUUAUAGAAUUAAACUCACGCAACAGAAAUCUUCAGGCCGUCCAAAUUAUCUGGUCAUAAGUUUUGUAUUAUGUUAAGACACUUAAUUUUAAUCAAUUAAACGAAACCCAUCCAUUGAAGUAACUUAAAUAGAAAUGAAUUGUCGAUAUAUAAGGUUCAGUUUUAUCGGUAAAAAUCUCGACUAUCAGGAAGAAAUCAUAUCGUACUGCAAAGUUCAGCUUGUAAUCCAGUAUCAGCGCUUUUUAGGCAAACAAUACAAACAGAUGUUACAAAUUGUCAGGUGCCUUAACCAGUCCGAAAUAAUCAAUCUAGGAAGAAGGGAUAGAGAGCAAUUUUUGAUAGGUUCUCGUUUAGGAAGAAAUGUCAACGAGAUGGAAAGAUAAAGUAUUUUCUAUGAUGACGUUUCUUCACAGCAUUCACAGAACGUGCUGUUAUUGCAAUAGCAGCAAUAGUAAUUGAAAAGAUCUUUUUUUUUCAAAUAAAUAUGUGAAAAUUAAA